UCAAUCGACAUAGCGACGUAAAUCCAACAUGGCGGACGAAAACGUGAAGAAAGAUGAAGAGACGAGUUCUUCGGAUAAAGAGGAGGACAAAACUGCAGAUAAGACAAAACUGAGUGACGAGAGUAAACAGGAGUCACCAUCGGCGUUUGCGGCAUUCAAAGUCCCCGCACCUUUCAAGAAACCGGCGGCAUUCGCUCCGAAAAAGUCCAGUCCGAAACCCCCGCACCCCCCUCCCCACCUGGCAAAAGAAGGUUCGCCUCAGAAAGGUGUAGAGCAGCAGAGACUCGGCGAUUCCUCUGAUGACGCAAGUGAGAAACAACAGCCUGAACCACAAGACAAGGGACCAACAACAACAGAUGGAGACGUCAAGACAAAAACUGCUGACGAGAGCAAAGACUCGGAAGAACCACAGCAAGUCAACGGAGACAAACCGAAACCACAACAUCCCAAGGAAGUUCCAUCAAAAAAGAAACAGAGCCCCGCAGAAAAAUUACAGGCACCGCCUCUGCCUUAUAAAGAACCGGCCUGGAGCUCCGUACCGGACAAACCUUACAGUUUAGAAGUGCUGAAGAACGGCUGCAUCGUGUCAAAGUUGGAACUCACGGGAAAACCUUUCUACGUGUUCGGGAGGCUGGACAGCUGUGACGUCACGCUGGAGCACCCGUCACUGUCAAGAUACCACGCGGUGGUGCAGUUUCGGGGGGAGGGGGACGGGGAGAGGGAGAGGGGGUUCUAUCUGUACGACCUGGGCAGCACCCACGGGACCUGGAUGAACAAGAUGGAGGUGAAGCCCAAGGUGUACUACAGGCUGAGGGUCGGGUACAUGAUCAAGUUUGGAGGCAGCUCAAGAAUGUACAUCUUACAGGGACCAGACGAGGACCAGGAGGAAGAGUCCGAGAUGACGGCGACCGAGCUGCGGGAGUUACACCGGCAGGAGAGGGAGAAGGCGGAGCAGGCGGACACGGACGACGUGACGGAGUCUCGGGAGACGCAGGAGGAGGAGAUGGAGGAGUGGAGGAGCAGGAAGAAGAAGGAGAGGGAUGUGGAGGAGGAGGGCAUCAGCUGGGGCAUGGAGGAGGAUGCUGAGGAGGAAGAAGAGGAUGACAGGAACCCGUUUUCCUUGGAGUUAACUGAGGAGAAGGAGGCGUACUAUGUCAAGGACCCCAAGAAAGCCUUGAAGAACUUCUUUGAGAGAGAAGGAGAAGAGUUGGAGUAUGAGGUUGAGGAGAAAGGCACCAGUUUCCACCGACAGUUCUACUGCAGAGUCAGGUUACCAGUGGAGGGUCCCGAUGGCCGUGAACAGUACGCAGAAGCCACGACGUCUGGUAAGAAGAAGGAGGCAGUCCUGGCGUGCGCUCUGGAGGCGUGUCGACUGCUGGAUGCCUACGGAGUACUCAGGCAGCAGGGAUACAAGUCGAAGCGCGUUGUGCGGAACUGGGAGGAGAAUGAUUACUAUGAUAGCGAUGAGGACACGUUCACGGACAGGACGGGAGACGUGGAGAAGAAACGGAUCCGCAGGAUGAAGAAGGCCGGCAAGGAUGAGAACGUCACGCACACGUACGACAGUCUGUCAGCCCAGCAUGAAGAAGUUGUCCAGGAGCUGAGGGUUACAGAGGAAAAGUUAGCAGCUGCCAGGAGAAAAUCAGAGUCUGAGGAGUCAGAGGACCCGCUGGAGGCCUUCAUGUCCAACAUGGCAGCGGGAUCGGGGCUGACGAAGGUGGAGGUCAGCAAGCUGCGACUGCGGCUGUUUGAGCUGCGGAAGGAGGAGCAGCGGCUGCAGAGACUCAUGAAGGUGGCCAAGCCUGCAGACCUACCGCAGCUCAGCACAACGUCAUCAGGUAAGCCAGGUGAGACCAGUACAGGUGUGGCCACUAAGAAGCAGCCAUGGAGGAACCUUCCCCUGACUGGAGCCAUGAAGGGUCGACACACUGUAGCCAAGAGUAAGCCUCAGGUUGCUCUCCCCAAGCCAGUUCAAGUGCAAGUUCCUUCUACCAUGGACCAAGAGGAGGUAGAGGAGGAGGAAGAUGAUGUAGAGGAGACAAAGGAAGAGCCUGUUGAUAUGGAAACAGCACAGGUUACAGCCAGUGACUUACAAACAGGCACAGCAGCUAUAGAAAGACUACAGGAGGAAGAGGAGCAGCCAAGUGUUACAGCAAUGGACAUUUCUGCAGCAAGUAGCCAGGAAUCUACCAGUAAAAGACCCUGGGAAGGAGAGGAACAGGGAGAAGACCAGGCUGCUGCUGAUGAUGAUCAGAAGUUUGUGGAUCCAAAGCCACAAGUCUCCAAAAAGAAGAAGUCCCAGCCCAAACCAGACCCUCCCAUGUCCAAACAGUACGCUGAUGACGACCCAGACUACAGCAUGUGGGUCCCACCAGAUGACCAAUCUGGAGAUGGGAAGACCAGUUUGAAUGAGAAAUUUGGUUACUGAAUGCUAGAACUGGUGGCAGUACCAUAUUAGAGGUCUCUACUUUGAAUAAAAGAUUUUGAACCCAUUCAACUUCCAGUUUAUCAGUGUUCUUUGGACACCCUCUUCCUUGUAUACAGACCACAAUGUAUUUAUACCGUAAAUAUAUCAUGGUAACCCCAAAGUAGGAGAGGGCUCUGUACAUGAUCAUAAAAUGAGUUUAAACUCAACAAAACAAUUUAUAUGAAUUGUAAUUGUUAGAACGUGCUUUCCACAAAAUCCUGCUUGAGAUAGCCCUUUGUGACAUGAUGAUUGUUGGUUGUAUGUGAAGUAGAUAUUUUGUUACUCGAUUGUCCUUAUAACAACCAGUUUGUCCUAGAACAUGACCAGAGAUCUGCAGUGCUUUGUCCUGUGUUCUUUGUGGUAAAGAGGCUAGUUACCUUAAUGUGAACUACAAGUUUAAACAGACACAUCACAGUGUAUGGCAUGUUCUGGCUCCACUUCCAGAACUGAUCCUUUCAGUGGAUCUUUUUAUUACUCCAGGAAGAACUUAGACAAAAGUAACUUCAGAAAAUCAUCCUUUAUGUUUAUACUGUACACAAGAACAAGAUUUACAAGAGUAUAUUCUUUGACUUGAUACACAAUGUCUGAAUGAGAAAAUUAUCCUAAUUAAAACUUGUUCAGUACUGGUAGUUAAAUCUUAAAUGUACUAGAAAUUAUUAAUACAUAUGCAGAUGCCAAUAUUUGAUUCCACACAGAAACACUGUGUGUGCAAACAUUGAGGUGGUCUAACAUGACCAUUGAUACACAAAUGACCACCGAAAAAGUUUGGAGAAAGAGCUGAGGCCAUAUUCAAUGGGUUCAUUGACCAUUUUUAUAACAUCAUCAGUACCGUAGUUAAGAAUAAGAAGCAAAUAUCAGGUUGUAGGUUGGCACAUGGUCACAGCAGUGAUUAAAUGGGAAUCACACAGGUGUUCAGUAAAACUUUUUUUAUACAUCCCUUUUAUGAGAAUAAAUAACUUCAUAUCAAGACCAUCCUACAGUCAUUGGAAAAAAACAUAUCAUUUAUGGUAAUUGCUUCUCUUAUGACAACAGUGUAUCAAAUAAUUUCUAUAUUAAAUGAUUUUCACAAGGCACAAUGUCCACUAGCAUAACUUCAAGUAUACACUGGCCUCUUGCAGAAAAUUUGAUAUUUGCAGAUCACAUUUGAAAUUGC